ACUCAACUACCCCGGAAAUUUAGCCAUCUCUGUCGCGUAUCCGUUCUGUCAAAUUCUUUUCACGGCGUGUCAUGGUGGAGUGUUGAGGUAACUCUCCACAAUGCAGAUUUUCGUUAAAACUCUGACUGGUAAGACCAUCACCCUUGAGGUCGAGCCUUCAGAUACUAUUGAAAAUGUGAAGGCCAAAAUCCAAGAUAAAGAGGGAAUUCCUCCGGAUCAACAACGUCUCAUCUUCGCUGGUAAACAACUGGAAGAUGGACGCACCUUAUCUGAUUACAAUAUCCAAAAGGAAUCUACCUUGCAUUUAGUUUUAAGACUCAGGGGAGGCGCGAAGAAACGCAAGAAGAAGAAUUAUUCUACUCCCAAAAAAAUUAAACAUAAGAAGAAGAAGGUUAAGUUGGCAGUUUUGAAAUUUUACAAGGUGGACGAAAAUGGUAAAAUCCACAGAUUGAGGCGCGAAUGCCCUGGUGAGCAAUGUGGCGCGGGUGUCUUCAUGGCCGCCAUGGAGGAUCGUCAUUAUUGCGGAAAGUGUGGAUACACUUUAGUUUUUGCUAAGCCAGAAGACAAGUAAAAUGUCAUGUAUAAAAAUAAUUGUAAAUUCUUGAAAUGCUGAAUAAACGUUUCAAGGAAUUUUA